AUGUCAUUGUUUAAAACUUGUGAAAUUUGGUCAUCACAGCUGCACACAACAAAUUUUGAGGACGGAUUUUGCUUGAAGUUAAGUCCUCUUCACAAUUUGCAUAAAUCUCAAUAUUUCAUCUUAUUUGGAACUUCCUCUGGUAUUUUAUCCAUUUUUCUACCUCGAGCUGCUGAAAUUUCAGUUAAUGAAAAAUCAGACCAUCAAUUACAUAAUUAUAAUGAUUUGUGCAUUGAAUACAAUACCGAGCAUCCUAUUUUGUGUAUAGAUUGUGGUAAUCUUGUCACGGAAAUGUGUCAGUAUCAACAGAUAGCAGUUUUGCAUUCACGAAUGAUAGCUGUUUAUGAUUUUGCGAAGUCUGAUGAUUCGUUUCAAGGCUGUGGUGAUACUUUUUCACUAGAAUCUUGGAAGUUAACGCUUUCAUUCAAACUUAACGUUCAAAAGGACUCAUACACAUUACUUCUUGGCAAAUUCUUCGAACAAAUCCAAACAGAUGUCAUUUGUGUUCAAACGCUUGACGCAUCUCUUUACUUUUUCAAUGCGAAUGGAGAAUUACUUCAAAUAACCUUACCAAAUAUUCUAAUACCUGGUCCUAUAAUAUUUGUAAAAUCCAUCCAUUCAUUAAUAACAGCUGCUUCAAUAAAAUUAUAUUGUUUUAGUUUUCUGUCUUCGAAUAUUAAACACUCGCAAACAUUAUAUACUGAUCAUAAAAAUAUUCCAUUAGACUGGUCGAUUGUUUUAGGAGAACCUAUAUUGUGUAUGGAUGAAAUUGACUCAGAGUUUACAACUAGUAAACACUAUCCCUUAUCAUAUGUAGUUGCAUUAGGCAGAAAACGAAUUUUCCUUAUCUCAGAAACUGGUUCCUUACUGUUUACUCGGCGUAUUGAGAUUCCAUCCAAACAACUAUGUGUAUAUGGUUAUUCAGAAGUAAAUGUUAAUUCACUGGAGAACUUAUUGUUUACUAAUGCACAAAGUCAAGUUUCGUGGGUGCCAAGGUUUCUGGUAACAACAGAGAAAAAUCAGCUACUUGUAUUUAAAGGUGCCCAACUCUUAUGGUCCGCAUUGUUAUCAUUGGGUGCAAUUCAUAUAUCUAUGCCUAUAUUCACAAUGGAAUUAAGUAAAUGUUACGGUAAAAAACUUCCAUUUAUUGGACUGAAUUUUUCAUCUGGUUUAAUUGUUGUACUUCAUAGAAAUGGACGGAUUAAUUUGUCAUAUCUUGGCACUGAUCCAUCUAAUUUAGUUGUCCCAAAUAUCAUGAAAUCAAGUCAAAACGAUCACAAUUAUUCAAAUGAAAUAUAUCCUAAUCAGUCACAAUUGAACAAUGAAAGUUUAGAUGAAGAAAUGCAUCAAGUAAAUGAACAUUCUCUCCCAAAAUUGAAAACAUCUAUACGUUUAAAUUCAAAUCGACUGAAUAUAAAUGAGAAUGAAUUAUGCUUUAUUGAUAUUGAUAUUGAAUUUCCAAGAACAUACCUCAUAGAACAAUUUAAUUCUGUUUAUCUAUUAAUUCAUUCUUGUUCACCAAUUAUAAUAAAACCUAAUUAUAUAGAAAUUUUUUCUAAUGAAUUAAAUAGUCAUAAUUUUGUUUUAGUCAAUCAUAAUAAUCCAUAUAAGUAUUCAUAUACAUUAACAUGUUAUAAUGUGAAUAAGUUUAUUGAUAGAGAAAAUGGGACAUCAUCAUUAAGAAAUAAUCAACUUCCAUUAGAUAUGAAUGUUGUUAUAAUGUUGUAUUACACUUUUACUUCCUUGAACAAUGAUAAUAAUAAUAAUAAUGAAAAAAUUAAUUGCCCUACUGAUAAUUCAAUGUCGUUUAAUUCUCAUUCAAUUACAAAAUGUGUUACUAAUUGUAUCAAGCUCCCAUUAAUUUUGUUUGCUUCUAGCACCUUUGUACAUAAGAAUCAAAUCACUGGGAAAUUUUCUUUGGUUUUUCAACUGGUAACAAAAUUUCAGAAUUAUUUAAAAAAUGUAAAUUUAUCAGACUUAUUACCAAAUUUAUUACCUAAAAAUGAUGCUACUUGUUUUAAUGAAAGUAGUCUAAAUAAUUUCACCGUAUGUGUAUCAUUUUGUGGUUUGAAACAAAUGAAUAAUGAUGAUCAACAAUGUGUAUACAUUUCAAUUAAAUAUAAUAAAAAAUUCAAAUUUAAGCUACAAAGUAAUCAUCCUGAAACAUUUUGGCCAAUUUUACAAGAGAUCAUUUUUCAUAAUAAUCUUAGUGGAAAACGUAAAACGAAUAGUGAUGCAAAUAAUCUUUACAUUGUCUUGUAUACGAAGAAUGCUAUAAAAUUUAUGGAUCAUGGUUCUGUACCUCCGAAAUCACUAUCGUCACUAAAGUUUGAUAAUUAUGCUUCUCAACUUGAAACAUUGUUCAGUAAAUUAUAUGAAUAUUUAGAUGAUCAUGUCAAUAAAGGUUUAGAACUAGACAACCAAAUUAGUAAGCUUACUGUGCAAGCUAGACAUUAUCGUGCUGUUCAACGAGAAGUUGUUGAAAGAAUAAAAAAUAGCCAACCUAAUUGUUUAAAUGGAUUUAAUGAAUUGUUAGAAAGAGAUAUGACUAAUUUAAUGACUACUUGUGAUUUACUUGACCUGCUAACACAAGAAUAUUUUCAAUCUGGUUAUUCUGUAAUAUCCUUAAUUAUUUUAUUAAGUUUUAUUUGUUUAUUUUGCAUACAAUCGUCAUCCUCUUCUUCUCCAUCAUCAUUUGACUUUUCCGAAUUUAAAAUUGACUUUAUACCAUUCCAACCAGCACAUUUGUUGACUAUGUUACACUCAACAGUGUUAUUAGAAAAUAUUCGAAAUACAGAAUGCCCUGAAUCAAUUUUAUCCACUGAAUCUCAUGAAAAUAAUCAUCAUAUUGAUUUUAAACAAUAUCUACAAGCCGAAAUAAAUUAUUAUUCAGAAAUCAUUCGAUCCGAUCACAUUGAUCCAAACAAACAAUAUGAUUCAUUCACUAAUUAUCAAGAUCCUUUAAGAAAUUAUAAUCGAUUAUUGACGCCUAAAUAUAUUUAUGAACAAUUCUAUCAACUUUGUAAACAAUUUAUGUCUUGCGAUCAUAAGGAAAUUAAAAGUUUAAUUAGUUUGCUCAAUCGGUGA